AUGCCCCUCCAAAAGCAUAACCACCACAACUCGCAUAGCGCGCGCUCCUCUCCCUCCGGCUUCCACCCCUUCGGCGGCCGCGUGAGCAGAUACCUCGGCGACAACCUCUCCCCCGACGAUGCAUACCUCAGCUACUACGACAUCCGGCUCACGCGCGAGGACAUGGACUCGAUCAAAGACGACUGGCUCACAGACAAUGCGAUUGCGUUUUGGGAGGAGUAUCUCGAAAGGGAGAAGUUGAACAAAUACCCUAAAGCGGAUAUCGUGCUGCUGCGGCCGUCGAUGAGUUUCAUGUUGCAGAAGACGCAGGACCCGUUGAGUCUGAAGAGUGCGUUGCCGGAUUUUGCGAAGACGACGCAUGUGUUCUUGCCGGUGAACGAUUGCCGGAGCGUGGAUGUGGCAGAGGGCGGAUCGCAUUGGUCGUUGCUGCUGGUGUCUAUUAUCGAUGGGGUCGCAUUCCACUACGAUUCCCUUUCACCCUCAAACUUUAACGACGCGAAGUUGGUCGCGUACCGGAUAUCGCAGCUCCUGGGCAAGCCGUUACGAUUUAUCAAUCUGGAAGACUCGCCUCAGCAGGACAAUGGCAUGGACUGUGGGGUGUAUGUGUGUCUCUUGAUGCAGCACCUGCUCAUCUCGCGGCUGUUACGCGCGCAUGCACAGGACAAGAUCUCCAUGUCUAUGCGUGGGAAGGAGGUGGAUGCUCGUGGUGGCAGAAAGGAGAUGAUCAAAGUCAUUGAAGAGAGGAGGAAGGAGGGCGAGAGAAGGCGAUCACGAAGUCAUAGUCCAUACGGCAGACACUCAAAGUCACAUAGUCCGCCGCGCAUCGGCGCAGAGAACGCGGAUUACUAG